UUUUUACAAUAUAUUAUUUCUUACUAUGAAAAAUAUAAACAAUUUUCAAAGAUAGAGUGAUAUUUUGACUUUGUUUCCAACAUUAGAAGAAACAUUCAUAGCGUUUUUAUUAAGCAGAAGUGUAUCCAAGUGUUUUCGUUUUCAUGUUCGUGUGUUUUAGCGUAUAAUCUGUUAAAACUGAGUCUACAGCUUAGCAAGAAACACUUUAUAACAGAAGGUUGCCAUGACAAUGAUGGCGUCAUAUCUUUGCCACCCACAUCACCGGGUUUCGUCUUUCCCAAGGUCAUCUGAUGGCUCAUCUGAUGGCUAUCAUAGCCCCGUGUCUAGUCCUGAUAGUACAUAUGCUUCAUCCUUCACUUCCACCCCAAGUCCAACAAAUGUCAACAACCCAGUAACUAUAUACGAUAAGCAAGUUUAUUCCAAUCAUCGCCUUCCUCACGGCUUCACUGACCACACCCUCAAACCCCUCCACGACCAUUCCCAACAAGACCAAUAUCAUCAUUAUCACCAGCAUCAUAAUUACCGUCAAGAAGAUGAAAAUUUCUGGCAUUACAACGAGAACUACUUUGGAAACGAAGGAGGUUUCACCAAACGGAAUCACCGUGAGGAGUCGGCAAUGUCAGAGGGGCGGAGCGGUGCUAGAAUCCAGGAGAUGCAUCCAUGUCAGUACACGACAAUGCAGCAAGAAUUCUGCAGCAGUGACAGUAGUAGAGACAGCCCUGUGAUGUCUUCCUGUAAAAGGGUCAAAGUGAGUUAUCAGCAACAAGGGGACAAGCGAUGUACAUCAGGUCAUAAGGGCAGAUCUGUAGGGCAACAAAUUUCGACUCCAGGAGUGGAAGUGAUGAAAAAGAGAAGAUUAGCGGCGAACGCAAGAGAAAGACGUAGAAUGAAUAGUUUAAAUGACGCUUUCGAUCGCUUAAGAGAUGUGGUGCCGUCACUAGGAAACGACAGGAAACUGUCUAAAUUUGAAACACUUCAAAUGGCGCAAACGUAUAUUGCAGCGUUAUAUGAACUUCUACAAAGAGAUUGACACAACCAAUUUGUUUGAGGGCUUGGUGUUAUAAAUAGACUGUACUUUAGUGAACUUGGUGUAAGAAUUAUUGCUUUAAGUUAUUUUAAGGACACACGAAAAUAUAUACAAUACUCCAGUGUUGUGACACAGAAGAUAUUUAGUUCAAGUGUUUUGAAACUUAUGUUUACAUUGUUACAAAGACAAACUCACGUGCGUUGCUAAUCCUUUCUUGAUGAUGUCAUUAGACCUGGAUAAGAAUUACCUAGUGCGUCACGAAUACAGAGGAAUGGUAUAUAUGUUUAUAACG